GAUUUAGUUCUCCAUACCAAGCCCUGUGAACCCCUCGUGUGCUUCAGCCCCUUGGACUCUCCUUCUUCUCCCAUCCUGGUUAUUGUCCACUUGGACUCUGUUUUGCUCCAUCCUGUUCAUGGAUAUUCCCCAGCCUUCUGUUGGCCAGUUUUGUUCCCCCACUAACUUGUGGAUUCCCUGAGCCUGCCUGCUUUGCCCCCUUAGUUCUCUUUCCCCUGGUUUUUUCGUUCUGUUCCUGAUAAAAACCGAGCCGUCGUCCCUCCCGUCUGUUGUUUGGGAGGAUCGGUGUCGAUUUCCGGAGAUAAAAGUCGGUCAGACAAUCCCUCUCUGUGCUGGGUGAAUAGUUGAGGUGGUUGCCGUGGCGACCGGACAGAGGCGGUUCUUAGAGCUCAGCGUCGAGGCGACCGUGAGUCAGCAGGAAACACAAGAAAACAGGCUGCAGGGCUUCAGCUGCAGACAUGUACCUGAAAUUCUUCCGUGGUUAUUUUGAGGAGAAGAAGGAGGAAGGUGGUGAUGAGGAGCUGUCGGUCGAUCUGCAGAAGAAGAAGAAAGAAGAAGAAGGAGGAGGAGGAGGAAGAGGAGGAGGAGGUAAACAACCAGGGGGAAAUGUCCGUCUGUACCGAGCUGGCUGUCUGUUCCUGUCUCUGCUGUGCUUCGUCCUGCUGCUGACCAUCAUCAUCCUCAGUAUGAAACUCCAAACUGGAUCCACGUCCUGCUCAGAACAAACUCUGGACACCAGCGGCAGAAAUCCUCCGACCUGCAGUCUCGACCAGUGUCGGGUCGACUUCCCUGACGUCUUGUCUCGGCAUCUGGGCUGCCAGCAGUGCUCCAACGGAUGGUUGACUCUCGGCCGGUCCUGCUUCUUCCUGUCCACCUUCAGGCUGACCUGGGACCAGAGCCAGAAGAACUGCAGCUCCAGAGGAGGACACCUGGCCGUGAUCAGCAGCAGAACCGUCCAGACGUUCCUGACUAAGAAAGGGGAUCUGAAGUACUGGAUCGGGCUGAAGAACGCUGGAACCUCCUGGACCUGGAUCGACGACGAGGCGCUGCAACAGAGCUACUGGUCUGAGGCUCCUCUGGAUGGAGACUGUGGGAUCCUGAGCAGCAGCGAUCCUGCAGAGAAGAACUGGAUCAGAGCUUCCUGUCAGGCUUCAUCCUACUUCAUCUGUCAGCUGCAGUUCUGACUGGCUAAUGAUCCAUAACUGCUUUCUGUUUGCACUAUCAGCUGUUAGACAAAUAUUUUAUAUAUAACACUGGAAGAUGUUUUUUUAAUAUAUAUUUUCCUGUAUUUGAUCUUUACUCUCAUAGAAGCAGCUUCAAUCAUCUGAAUAUCUCUGAAACAUUUUAUCAUAAACUCUGGAGAUUUAACACGGCAUCUGGGAACUUAUAGAUCAAUAAAUCAAACAUUUUCUGA